AUGGAGUCUCCGUGUCUGCGGCCGGGGGACGGAGCCAAGGCCGCUACAGGUGCAGUGUGGGUCCAAGAGACAGGGGACCGAGAACGAGGGACGGAAAUGGAGGCUCCAUUUAUAUCUCUGAAGAGUCCCCCGGAUCCACCAAAACUCUUGCGUAAACCACUUCCCCCAAAAGUUCUGCCUGCACUUGAUGUACAGAGGCCAAAAACUAGCAACCGGAAAGUGGCAGAUUGGAUUCUUGGUCAGCCGUCCCCGAUACCAGAUAAUGGUGAAAUAAACGGUGCCCACCUGCCUUUGCAAGGGAAAGGAGGACUUCUACAGAGCAGACUCAAUAAAGAACUCAUCUGCCGUGACCAGGCACAAAAUGAGGAGACCAAGAAUAGUGGCUCUGCACACUUUCCUUCUAGGACACAACACUGGAGGCCUCCAGUCAAUUUUUUGCCAGCUAUUAAUGAUAACCCUGUGAAUGAAGACUUGCGCUUCCAGCCGCCACCACCCAAAUUUACUCUAAAUGACCUUAUAGCAAGAUCCUGUCAACAUAAAAUGAUGUCAGAGACAUUAAGCAAGCCAACUAUCUCUCAUCAGCACUACAGUAACAUAGAAUUAUUUAUUUCUAACCUGCAGAAUGGGAAACAAACCAAGCUUCACAAAGUAGUGUUAUCGCCUAAUAACAUACCUAUGAAGCCAAAGAGAAUACCACAGCAACAACUGCUUCUUGAACAGCUUCAAGAAAUGUUUAGAAAAGGAAGAAUAAAACACAUGGAGUGCACUGGAAACCAAGAAGCAUUGCAAGAAAUGCUAAAAUCUCAAUAUAUGGAAGAUACGCAAAAUAUACAUUCAGAUCAGGAGGAUGAUGUGCUUGUGACUUAUUGUGACCUUGCCUUACUGGAGUGCCUGGUACAUGGAGGAAGCUCUUUGAGCCUUAAGGCCUUCUUUAUAUCCAAAGUUCCAGACCUAACUCCUGUGUACACCACUUUAAUUUACCUGAAUUUAUCUUUCAAUGAACUCCAAUACUUUCCAACAGAGGUUUACAAUCUCGAAAAUUUGGAAGUGCUCAAACUGAGAAACAACCCUAUAAAGGAGAUCCCAUUUGGCAUUCACAACCUAAAGAAUCUUAGGACCUGUGUCAUGUCAUUCUGUUUGCUUUCUUCGCUCCCUGCCGGGCUAUUUGUUCUGCCAUAUCUUCAGAAGUUGGAUAUUUCUUAUAAUAGCAUUUCCUCAAUUCCAAAUGAUAUUUGUAACCUCAGGGUGUUGGAGUUUCUGAAUGUAGAAGGCAACAUGCUGCCAGCUUUGCCCCGUGGAGCACUAAAGCUGCAUCUGAAAAACCUGCGUGUUGGGAAUAACGCUAUGCACCCUCUCUUCUGGAGAGAAAACACUCAUAUUAAGCCACAGCGGCUAGCGGAUUUAGCAGCCCUCUCAUUUGCAAAAAAUAAUAUGGAGAAAUAUUUCACUGCUAUUCCAGAGGAAGUCAAAUACACAUUACAGAAUUUUAAAGACUGUGACUGCUGCAGAGGACCGCUGUAUGGUCAAGGUCUACGAUUUAUCCGACCCUGUGAGAAGAUCUUCGGGAUCCGCAAGCUUCCUUUCAUGUUUCACUCCUGCUCACCAUCCUGUUAUGAAAACUUCAUGAGCCAGACAGAUUCUGUUGCUCAGCAUUUGUAUGAAAGUUGAUCUUUGUAUCUUGUGUUAAUGCUUUAACAAAUACCAUAAUAAAGAUUGUCUUCGGUAAUUC